CUGCGCAUUCUAUCGGAUGUGUUUGUGGAAUCCAGGGUUCUCGUCACUGUUCAGAAUCUGCUACCAGGUCUGUUUCAGCUGCACUACUGCGUGCAUGCGGUCGGCGAACGUGUCAUUCUGCCAGCAGUCGUUGCAUUUAUUUUAAGGGGGAACAUUGCCGUCUGUAAUGUUCUGCGAGUACCUACAGGUGGGACCAAAACCGUGAUUCCUGUCUUGGUGUUAAAGGCGAUAUUAUAUUUAUGCAUAUAUGUAUACAUAUGUAUAGUUAAAUGUAUGUAUUGUAUAUCUUUAUUGAUAUGUCCUUUAGUUAACUCAACAAAAGAUUUCGUAACUUUGUUUGGAAGUGUAACUGGCACUUCAUUUUUCGACAAGAAAGGGCUAUUGGCGCCGAUGAACCCUUGCCUCGACAAAGUAGUGUUUUUUCGGCCGAAUACCGAAGGCCAAAACAAUGAUUCUGCAUCCCUUGAAAUUCUAGAUCUUAGUUCUGAACAGCUUCUAGAUGGCUCGUGGAAUGUUGGUUUUGAUGACCCUAACUGGUCACGUUUUGACUCCAGUCUACGAGUGAUUGGACAGAUGCUGCUGCUGAAUGGCUGCGACACGUUGUUCAGUACGUUUCUCGACCAUCUAUCGGCUGUCGCUUUGACAGUUCCUCGAACAAUUGCAACCGCCUGUCGUAGAUGCUCCUGCGUCUUCCCGCGGCUUGUUGGGUUCAAGAAGAAUGCAAGAGAUCAGUUUCUGGAAAUCCCAGGCGUUCUGGGUUUCUAUCAACGACGACCAGGAGAUGCUCCUUUACAAGGCGUUACGAAACAUCAGACUCCACUGGAAAUGGCCUAUUGUACGCUACACGCCGAUGGUCAUUCUCUCUACAACCACUUAUCUUGUCAAGGAACUGCCAACCUUGUGCUAGAGGCGUGCACCCAUGUUUGGAAUGGUGAAUCACUAGUGCCACUGACAGAACGUCUGAUAAAAGCGGCUACCGAUUUCUACCAGAGACACUCAGUUACAGGCUAUUGUCUCGCCCUUUCGUAUCGGCCAGUCGGUUCCACAUUGGAUGACUCUCUUCGAGGCUACUACUUCGAAGUUCCUCUGCAUCAUGUUCGGACUAGAAGGGAAAUGCUGCCGCGAACACACAAAUAUCCUUGUCGGUGGUUCACUGGCCAUGUUCUCUGUGGAAUGAUUGUAACACAGUACGAGGUGGUGCCCCAAGCUGUACAGUUUAUAGAUCAUUUGGAAAAGUUGUGUGUUCGAUUCGUGUACUUCUCUCGCGAGAACGAACUGCGAAGUCGGGUUUUCGCUGAGAAACUUGGUCUCGAGGCCGGCUGGAAUUGUCAUGUGUCGUUGGCAGAAAUAGCCGAUAGUACUGAUAGAAGAACACUGAAGGACUUUUUUCGUUCCAAAUGUGAGAAUACUUUAGAAAAUUUACAAUUCCAAUCUGCAUUAUUAAGCGUAAAAAGCGUUGCGGCACUGCCAAACAAGGCUCGACUUCCUACUGGGAUAUCUGCCGUUCGGCCACAUUUGGAACAAGUGGACAAUGUUCCUCUACUGGUUGGACUCAUCACAGAUUGUACACCUGAGGCAAAUCUACAGAUGCUCGAGAUCAUGCAGGUUAUUAAAAAGUUGUUUAAAUUGAAAACAUUUGUCUUCCUCUAUUAUCUUUCGUGUGAAAUCUACCCAGAUCAUUCUUUAGUCAAUUUAUCAGUUUUUUUAUACACCUCACAAGAAACGUCGUUUCAGCUUCUUCUGCUUCCAAAACUAAUUGUUGCAUGUCGCCAUCGCCUGGUAUCGGUGAAGGGUUCAUUGGCAUUCCAUUUCUUAGCCUCGUGCAUGCUUUCAUUGUCUCUUCUGACUUCUGUAGUGGCAUUCCUUCCAUUACUAUUUGAUUUCGAACAGGUACAUAUUUCUCUAUCGAAUUUUCUUAAGAUGUACACCAAAUUGUUUAUGUUAGUGUUUUUUUCGUAUGCGUCUGGAGUGCAACUUCAUAGCGUACUACCUCUAUUUUCUGUUAUUAGCCUUGUCGUAUGGACAAUCGUCAUCUUGGUCAUGAACGAACUGAUCAAACGCCGCUCCAUUCGCUCCUUUAUACGUGAACAGCGCCGCACGAAGCUUGGGUUCGACACGAAGCUUGGGAUGAAUUCUCCCUAUUGA